AUGUCUUUAGAAAGAGCUUAUAGCGUCCGGUGCCAGUAUAAAGGAUUGGGCGAAAAGGAAGCGAGCCUACAAAAGCGCAACCCUCGAUUUGGCUCGGUGCUGUUCAACUCGAAGGCAUCUGUAGCUCUUGGUUGGCUAGAUAGAUUUGGAGCCACUGGCUAAGUUGUGACUUUUGAUUACAAAAUUGAAUUAAGCUUUCCUGCUUCCUGAUUGGCUGAAUUUAGGUGUUGUAACAUAAGCUCGAUCUACACAUAUUCAAAGACCUAUAGUUGGUCUAGUCAGGAGCCGAUUAGAUUCUAGAAGAGAUAGGGUGGGGAAGGUUUGACAUGGUGACUGUUUGGUCUAGUUCCCCGGCAAUUUUAAAUGGGAUGAGGUUGGGAAGGUUUGACAUUGCCGGACCUUUGUCUUCUCCAAACCCUGAAAUCUAAGAGGGCCCGCUACCAACCAUCGUGUAACGUUGCCAGACACAUGAUAUAAGCGUAAGUUCUGUUUACUGAGAAUAUAUUCGGUUAUAUAUAUAGACCCAUCACUAAUGAAAACAGCAAGAUGUUUUUUCAAACGUUGUACAGCUGUACCAAGCAUUUAGCGCCCCUGUACAUUGAUCUUUAGCACGACUGAACUCCAACGUAAGGCAUAGUAUGCAAAACAACUAACUCCGUCUAAUACCACUGGAAUAUUCAGUGCAAAAAUUUGACGAAAAGAAUAGCGCGAAUUAAUAAUGGCGGGAGGAUAACAGUUCAAACUGAACACUGCUGAACAUAAUUUUUUGUGUAAAUGGUAACAUUAUAAGAAGAAUUUUACUUUAAAAAAACAAAUUAGAGAGUUAACUGGAAUUGUAUAUCAAGGAAGAUGGUAGGAGAUUUGGUUCGUUGACAUUUCGUAAGGAAAUACUCUAAUUCUGGUAAAAUCGCUCUCUUAAAAUAGAGCAAUGAUCCAACGGAAGGUGCUGGAUCAUGGUGGUUGGUGUCUAAAACACUAAAUUUAGUUUGUAGGUUUUUUUAGUAUAUUUUCAUUGAAUAUUUCUUAGGGUAUGGCUUGGCUUCUUUCUUUAAGUAUACAGUCAUCCUCGCUUUAUGUUAGAAACGGAAAUAAAUUGAUCUUCAAUUUGAUUAAUUUCAAUUUCAAUUUCAAUUUCCCGGGAUUAAAAGUAUCAAUCACGGAAUCUACUUGUGUAAAAGAGUACUCCGCUUGGGCCAAAGUGAAUGUUUGAUGGAAAAGGCUUUCAACAGCGGAAUCAGCUUACAUUGUAAUUUCCACAGAUAAAUACACCGGACCAACGGUGAGCUUAAAUGCUGCACGUAACAGCGUAUAUUAAAGCACGUUUUAAGGCUAGUUUACACUGAAAACCUUUGCGGUUCGCAUGCGGUGCUUAUGAUGACACGCCUACAGCACGAAUCGUACGAUGUAAAUAAAAUCUAUGACUGUCAAGCCAAGGGGACGAGUCUGUUAGAUCAGAACACGCUAAACAACAUGUUAUUGUUGUAGGACCGGGAAGUCGUGGGGCGUACUUCCUCUAUCCUCCCGUCUCUCUCUACCCUAGCCAGCCCCUAGUGUUUUCUUCGGGCGGAGGAGGAAAUGGGGCGAGUCAAAGGGAGCGAUUUCUACUCUCCCCAAUCUUCCUCUGCCAUAAAAUCUAAGAUGGCGGCUUCAACAGUACGAACAUAAACAAGCAGCUUUCUCCCGCCCAAAAUACGCCUGGCUACCUCCCCUCCUCCAAAUCUCCAAAUUCUGAGACAUCAAGCCCAGCCUCUUUCGAGCCCCUUCUCAUGACAUUGAUUAAGAUUGGAUAACUGAGACAAAUCCAGACUGACGAGACAAUUUGAACACACGACCUCGACUUCAAUUUGGAAUUUAUUUGCACGAGUGUGUGUUUCAAAAAGUCUCAACAUUGCAUGAGGCCGUAUUAGCCAGUCAUGUGCAGUGCUCCGUUCUCUUACAUAAUUGCACUUUAUGUAAUUCCUACUUUUUGCAUUCCGUUUCCUCAUUUUUGCACUGUGUUUACUAACAAGUGCAUUGCUCUCCUUCUAUCAGAUUCAAGGAUUUUUUCAUGUAUAUUAGGGAAAGUUCAUUUAAUAUGACAAGGGGGGGGGAUGAGGAUAUUGAAACUCGAAGCUUGAAAUUUUAGCAGCCCCCCUCGCUAGCGGUUCAAUUUUUUAGGAGCCCCCUCCUUGGUAGUCAAAAAAAUUUCAGAGCCCCCCCGCCUUCAAUUCCUUUGUUCCCCUGAAAAAAGAUCGCUAGACGGUAUUAAAUAUAUUUACCGUUAUUGUCUUCAAUGGUUUAUACUAUGACAAACUUGAGAUACAGUUGUGAUACAAUUCUCUAAAGCAUUUUUGGGAUGAACAAGAGUGUAAUAAUUACUGAGACUACAUUUGUUAUAUCUGUAAACCGCGUGAUAUAGCUGAGUUGCACAGGUCAUUAAAUUGUUGAGUUGAAAACCAUCCGAUCUGUAUGAUGAUGUCAUGUGUUGGUUUUGAAGUAUACAAAUUUUCGGAGCCCCCCCUCCUAGCGCAACAAUUUUUUCAGAGCUCCCCCUUUGGGUGUCUAAAAAUUUUCGGAGCCCCCCCUCAAUAUCUUCAUCCCCCCCCUUGUCAUAUUAAAUGAACUUUCCCUUAUCACUUAUAUGUUACUACACUUUUAGUUUUCACCCUCAUAAAAUGUUGUGUCUUGAAGAAGGGACCUUAAAUCAGUUGCAAAGAGGAUCUGCACUUUUUUUCGUUGUGUGACUCAUUCACGUUGUUUAGAGGGUAAAUCGUUUCGCCUUGUCUAACGAAGAUUGCACCUUCGGAUAAUUUCUUUUUUCGUUGGUGCGCUCGGAGAAGCAACAGAGAAACGUAUACAGACCAAGAUGUUAGGGUCAAAACCUAACAACUUGUUCAGCCCCAUUUCUUUUCGGCACUAAUCUUCCUUAUCUACCUCUCCGCGACUUUUUUUUCUUCUUCAAAAUCUUGUCCUCCGUCGUAAGCAAAUUCGAAGUAUUAGAAAUGCGCGCAUAAACCAAAUUCCACGCUUACAGUCACGUUACAAAUACUGCCGAACAGUUGUAGUAUGACGUUGGAAAAACCUCGGGCGGUUUACUGGGGUACGUUCACGGGGGAGUUCACUUCACUUACAGUGAAAGGUAAAACUUUGUACAGAAACCGAUCGAUCUAAAGUUAACUGAUUGCAUGCGGAUAAAAACUUACUUUGUUGAAAUCCUAAUAAAAGCUAACUUUGUUGAAACACUGGCCAAUGAACUAAGAACAAACUAAAAGCCAUAUGUGCCUCUUACAAGAAAAGCGAUUUUUCAGCCGGCCGUUUUACAAUGAUAUUAAAUUUCCCGUUCAGAACCACAAACAUGGACAAUUAAAAAGUGUAACAAAUUUAACAUAAUGUUCAUUGCAUUUAAAUUGAAAAAGUCGUGGUCUCAGUGUUCGUUGUUUAUCAAUGAAUCGUUUCAUUUCUUUUCCAUUCCUCUCCUUUUUCUCCCUUCCAAUUUCUUUUUGGUAAACGAAAUUCCGGCGUUGAGAAUGUUACGUCGGACUAUAUAUACAUAUGUUUUUACUAUAAUUGCCUGAUAUCUAAAACCAACUAGUGAAAGACCUUUUUGGCUUAAACAGCUACAGUCCACUUUCUCUUGAUGGACACCUCUUUAAGACGGACUCUUCGGUGAAACGGAGACCUACAGCCUUGGUUUCUGCCUUAACUCUCUAUAAGACGGACAUCCCUCUUAGACGGAAGACGAGAUAACAACAACCUCAACCAGGUUAUGGUGUCAUGCGGUUUCAGUGAAAACAAGGGUUUGGGUGGGGUCAGUGCUCAGUCUGGUUGGCUCAUAAAACCUGGUGUCGGUGGUUCCUCUUACACGGACAAUUAUUGCCGGUCCAAAGAGAAUGUUACGCCCGCUAAAUACACGUUUUUUUCUUCUGAUCUUCAAACUUCUCAGUCCACGGAGAGGAUUUCUUGUCCACCUUGCAUCUUUAGCUUAAAUCCGUGAACUUGUAUUCAAGUUCAUUUUGAUGAAUUUACAGAUAUUAUUGAGCGACUAAGGAACUGCCGAAGACUUUCACGUGAACCUCACCUUCACAGAAAUUGAAGGGCAAUAAUUUAGCCUGAUUUUGUGGUCGUAACGUAACUCUUUGAUCACUAGCUUAUACUCUUUAUGUCGAUAACUUUGUGAGUUAACGUCAAAUACUUCGCACUUAAAAUUAUAAGUUUUAUUUUGAGUACCUUAAUCCACUUUAAAAAGUGUUCUUAGAUGGUUUAAGUUAAGACCAUGGGAAUAUAAAUAACGCGCGUUUUAUAAGUAAAUGAUUAAUAGGUUCCGGCCUUUAAGACGAAGAGAAAACACGUUGUAACGUACUCAAGGGUUAACAGUUUCCAUGCGUGAAGACAAAGGCUUUUAUCAAUUUGGAAGUCUUAAGCACUUGUGGCGUGGUAAUUAAGAACAUUGUUAUAAACUUAAAUGAUUAAUAUCGCAAAUUGACUUAAAAAUUGUUGACCUCAUAUGAGCUUUGUGAAUUUUAUUCCUUGAAUUUCUAAGGUAUCUAUGACAAACAACUACUUAUCUCUUGCAAUGAGGUGAGUUUUGUACGUCAGCUCAUUAUGUUUUACGUGGGAAACGAUGAUGUGAUCGUGUGAUUGCAAGCAUUUUGCGUCAUCAACGUCAUUAACUAGUGUGUACAAACAUCAAGCGCAAAAUAUGGCACUUUCAGCAAAUAUCGCUUCAUUCAGUUCGUUCACUGAAUGUUUUACGUUGUGUACAUUUUUGGAGAAAUGACCUGUAAAAUUGUUAAAGAAUGCCUUUACUGUCAAACUUCCGUGAAAUGUUUUAAGAAUGCAUGACGGGACAGGGUUUUCCCAAACUUAUUAAAAAAAGCAAGAAUCUGGCGCCCAGUUAAAUAUCGGUGAUUGAAAAGUGACGUCGCGAAGUCUUGAAUUUGUAGAUAUCGUAGUUUUCUAAGUAGAUAAUUUAGUUACUUUCUAAUAAAUCCAUUUACACUACGAAAAAAACUCUUCAAAGGUAAAAUUAUCCUUUAAGUGAGGAUCAUAUAAUAUCUUAGAGCCAAUUUGAUCAAUUCCCCAAAUUACAAAGUUUCGGAAACUAUUUCACAAAAUUGAUAGGAUUUUUGUGAACUCUUGGGCAAAAAAAAGCAGAAAUAAGAAAGAAUCACCUCUUGAAUAAAAUCAAAUAAACUAUUACUUAGGCAUUGGGUUGUUUUAAGUUCUUGUUUUUCAUGCAAUCAGCUUUGGUUUAGACGCCUAAAAAAAUGGAUGGAAGAGGCACUUUACUUUCCGUUCGAGGAAUCAAGUCAUGCAGUUUGUUGAUUACGUCUACAUCAGUGCGACUUUGAUUUGGGAUAAAAAAAGAAAAAACAGAAAACUGAGUGACCAAUACAUUGUAAUAGUUUCCUUCAGACUACGCUCAUGAUGAAGAAAGCGGUUUCACAGCUGUUUUAACUCUCCAGAAUUACUGCACAUUUAAAGUACAAUUGGUACACGGCGUUUUACGCUAUACGUUUAGUUUAUGAAACAAUAUUCAUGUCUUAGCCUUUGAAAAGUCACCCGCCCGCACAAGUUAAUUGAGAAGUCGGCUUCAACGGAGACCAUUGCAGGGCUAAAUGGCACAGCAAAGUCAUGGAGCUAAUUCAGUUACUAGUUAAUUCAGACUCAGCUAGUAUAUAUGUUAUCAAUAUGCGGCUCUUUCAUAAGCAAGCAAGACAAUUACGAGUACCUAGACCGAUAACUCACUCAAAAGCGCCUGUUAAUUUUGAGGUCCACAAUUAAAAAAACACUCUCACAAUAACUCACUGCAGAAUGACACCUUAUGUGACCCUUGUGAGAACUGAAGACGCUACAUCAAUUAAAAGGACGAAAAACGUAACAUUGAUACAGAAAACUUUUUUGUUUUGAUUUACAGAAUUUCAUUUCCAGGGAUUUCAUCAGUGCCCCCAACCAUGUAUGUUUAGAGAAACCCACGGAUUGGCUAAAACACUCUGUUGUACGUAUUUCACAAAAACCUUCUUUGUUAACCUAUACGCUCCUAGAGUCAAUUAUACAGACAUGAACUGUAAUUCUAACUUUUACGUCUGCAGAGGAAAUCAUAAUGUGUGGCCAUACAUUAUGGCAGCUUUUUGGCAGUUCUUUCACAUCUUUCCACACGGUAUCAAUUUUUUUUUUCUGUGUUUUACAAAUUCAGUUUUUUUUUGUAAUUUUGGGGCCAGGUGAAAGAAAGAGUUUUGCGAUUAAUCACUAAGUUGAUAUUUUAGGACCAUUUAGCAGAAUAUUGUCUGGACCUCCAGAAACGAGAAAUGACGUCGCCUUUCCGAAACUAGUCUUAGCUUUGUCUAUAUCCUGCUCAAAAUAAUAUCAUUCCUGCGCAAACCAAAGGGCGUAAUAACUUAAAAUACUGUAGGAGACCGAAGCCUUUGGAAUGACACAGCCGACCAGACCUAUUCGGGAAUAACCUCAGUGCUAUAGCCGAUUUCAUCUCUACGAUGUACGCGCAAAUGUUAAAAACUCACAUUCUCCUUUUGGAUGUUUAGGAGGUUUUUCAGUAUUAUGAGCACGGCAUUUCAAUUACGACGGCCUUUAUAACCUUUUAAAACCUCAAAUCUACCAAAGCUAUGUUAUAAUACCAGUCAACCAUAUGUUUUAAAGACAAAGUUGGUCGGCUGUCAUGCAUAUGUUUCUUCUUUAAUACAAAGCUAAUGUUUUUACAUUUUAAAUAUUUUAAUUCCUUGAAGCUUGUGCAUAAUGUUGAAAGACGAAAGAAGAGAAACUACAAGACUUUUUUUUUUAAAACAAAAGGGUCUGCAGUAGUCUUGCCAAGGAAAUAGUUGCGGCCUAAAAUCCCCCAAAAGAAUGCAUUCUAUUUACCAACCACCUAGUACUGACUUUAACAUAAACUCCAGCAACUUCCUUCUCGAUCAAACCCCGAUUCCAAAUUAAACCGCAUUGACCCCGCCUAGAAUAGUUUGGUUUUAAAUUUCGGCCGAGGUGAAGUCGUUAUGUAUAUCAUGUAAUGAAAAGAGCCUUAAUUCUAUAGCAUUUUUGUUGAUCGGUUUUCUUAGUUCCCGCAAAAUCGGGCCAUGAGGAACUCUGUCCUUGGCACCUUGUUAACAAUUUCAGUAUUUUGUCGUUGAAAAAUCACUACUUGAUUCGUGCUUUCAGCUAGCCUAUAAUGAAAACUAAUGACUUUUUGAUGAUUUAAUUUAAUUAAGGACAUUUCUGGGUACUUUUGGUUCUAAUUAAGAGCUUUUAGUUUUUCUAAUUACAACGGUUAGAACACAACCUUGAUGGCACCGCAACCUAAAACUUCGGUUUUUCAGUGAAUUAGUUUCUAUUCUUAGAAUGUCUCAAAAACAAAAGUAUUAAGUGCAAACUCGAUACAAGCAAGGUGGCAACUGCUGAAGCUAGAAGGUCAUGUGAGCAAUAUUGACCAGUUCAACAUUCCACAUUUCGUUUAUGUCCUGUUGACUGCAUCAGGCGAACGGAUACUCACACCAAUUUAUGGUUGCGCAUCUGUUCCGUUCUGUGACCGUCUCACAAUAACACUCGACACUUGCUGACCAAAUCUCUCAGGGCAAUCGACAUAUCCAGAGUUAGAAAUAAGGCUCUCAAGAGAACACCUUUUUCAAGUGCCUGGUAUGUUUUUACUUCAGUUUUAUCAGUGUAGGUACUUAGUAGAGCAAAACACUAAACUUGUAUUUUAAACUAAUAUUUGCGUGCAUAUUGCGAUUUAAGACUAAAAUGAUUUGUUAAUCAUAUCUUCUAUGAGUUACUUGGCCUUCUUUAAAUGUAGAGCCCAUAUUGACCUUAUUGUAUAAAGCCUUCUGGAACACAAUCCAGCCCACGUUCCUAAUACCGUAAAGAAUUUGAUAUUCACUUAAGAUAUUUUGAACGCAGAAAGACACUGUGUCGGCUACAAAUAUAAAUUAAAAUAAGGUCAAAACGGCAAUUACGUUUUCGAUAACAGUUCUUCGGGAAUAGGAGCGAUUGGUUAUGUUACUUGCAAGGUGUCGCUGGGCUUAGGUUAUUUUCACCGCUCUCGUAGCAUAAAAAAUUGCAUCAAGAACUUAAUUGAAUCAAUGCGACACAUCUUCAUUAGUUUGAUAACUUAAAAAUUAUGUGUAAGGGUAGUUUAUGAUAUUGGUGAUAAAUCAACCGACCAGUUAAACAAUUGGCACGAACCUAUUUGGGUCCUUGGCCUCAAAGUGAUGGGGCAAUUACCUUUAUUUACAAACAUCAAUUAACAUGAUUAAGCUGUUUACUUUCGAGUCCAAAGAGAGUUCUCUCUUUCUUACAAGUUUGUUGACAAUUUCAUGAGUGUUCCACGAAUUUAGUCACCUCUUUUAAGGUAAAAAAUCACUUGUGAAGCCGAAAGCUAAACUUCUAUUAAGCACGCGUGCGGGUAAGGAGCUCAUCUCAGAUCAUAGCGCACACUUGCUAGCUCCCUGUAGGAGCUUAUUUAGAGAGCUCUUUAAGGUUUGUUGACAAUUUCUUGUGUUUUCCUUUAUUUAUUUCUAUAUUUUCUACUUGUGAAUACGUUAAACGUCUUUCCGGGCUAAGAAGUAUUCAACUGCUUAAAAGUAUUUAUCCUCGAGUGAGUCGCGCACGAUGGCACCAUUAUUUCCCGGCACUGUAUCGCCACAUAGUCAAGGCUAAAAUUGUUUUCACUUACUGCCUUUUGUCGCCUGACGGGGUUUAAUUUCAGUAUUUUUCACUCAGUGAUUUCUUGCACAAAACAAGAUAAUCUGCCAAUGACGAAAUCUCUCCUAGUUAUUCAUUGGCCUUUUAGUAUAGCGCCUUGCCAAAACCGCUAAGGAAAAAUCUGUAAUCGUUUAAGGACAUUAUUGUAUACCCUACAGCGGGUUUAGGUUUCGUCGUCUUCUCGCACUUUUGAACAUAUCUCCUAAGUCAACAUAUGUUAUACAUCCCGCAGCAGGUAGGUAAAGACUCACAAUUGUGCGCCAAAGAGUCUCACUUUGAAAUCGGAUGUCCUCUGCGGGGCAUCGGCAAUAGGCUUGUCAGAGCUGAUCCACUUUCAAGUCAGUUUAUGACGCCAACACUACAGACUAAUUCGGUAAAGAUGUGCUUUUUACAGAGUAAUCUCUUUCAACUGAAAUUGCAACUAUUGCCGGUCUGUACAUACAGCCAAUGCUGACCUUCACUUAAGCCUGACCAAGGUCCACACUUCAUCGCCAUUUUAACCCUUCGACCAGGAAGUACAAUGUCAUGCACAAAAUCACGAGUUUUCAUUAAUGGUCUCUCUAAUAUCAAGCAUGACUAGAAAAAAAUGAUUCACCAUUAACUUGUCAACAAUGAAGCCAAUGUUUGCUGUUGGCGGAUUAUACUGUGUUGUUUCAAUUUCGUCUUUCGGGAGCCGUGCUAAGCCUAGAUGAAAAUUGGGCGGAAACAGGGCCCAAAACUAACAUGCUGCCAGUGUAGUAUAAACACUUUCUUAGCCUUUAACGCCUUAACGCCUGGGCAAAUCUGUUGUUUUAAUCUCGUCUAAUAUGACUUCAUAUUCACCCGCGCAGUUAACCAAUAUUCCACAUGCAAACAAGACUUUGAGAGACUUUAAAUUAGUUUUCAAUAUGAAUGGACUUGAAAAAUAUCAGCUGGCUAGGACAUGAAAUAGCGUUUUUAAUGAACCUCUUGAAAAACUUAACCGGACUUUUUAAAAUGCUUUGAAGCACCUUCCUCGCUUUAUAAAAGUAGCUAAUUAGGGCAUUUACAAGAAUUCAUCCGGCCAUUUAACGCGUGGUCUGUUGUCACAGAGAAUAGAAAAGUUAUGUCAUAAAUCAAUCUUUUCUUUUAAGUGCUUUUCUAUUUAGACUUGUAGGCGCUGCGCUUUGCCCGCAGAGAAUACAAGGGAAUUGGUUCUCACUAACUGUCUAAUAAUAGAAUAACAGCAAAGAACCAACGAGGUCUCCAACGCAUAUUAGUUCAUUUUGCAAAGCGUUUCAGAAUUUAACGUCAUAUUGUGAAGAGACAUCAACGUGUCGUUUGGAACAAAGAGAGCUCCAAAGAGAGGUUAAUUGUUUUUUAACCUAUAUUUCCGUUUAUUGUUAAGUGAAACCGAAACCAUGGGUAUGCGAAAUAGAAAAUUCAAGAAAUGCGUUUGUCUUCUUUGGGGCCCACACUUCAUUGGGGGUUGUGAUGGAAUCAAGAGUUGACCUUUAUUGAUUGAAGAUUACAAAUCCUCUUUUUAGCCAAGAAAUACUUACUAGCAGAGAAGUACUUGAUCAGUCUAGCUUUGCAGGCUAUAGAGGAAUCAUCAGAUUAUCCGCGCACAGCCCAGUCAAUUCCAGAAAACUACAGUAACGACAAUACUAAAUCUUUGAGGGAGUCAAGGCCAUCGUCAAAGGUAAACUUUGAACAUUAUGUGUAAUGUGUUCCACUUAAAACGUCACUAUUUUCCGCUGAUGUAGCACGCAACGGUGUGUUGGGCCUUAUGAUUCUUUGAGAGGUUUCUUACGCCAUAGGAUAAUAGUAUAAACGCUGUGCGGAUUAGUCGGCAGAUAUUGAGUACGUGAGAUGUGAAAAACAGAAAUCUGCGGAUUAGAGAGUACUGAAAAAAUAUUGUCGCAACUUAUCUUGUGAAAUAGCAUCUUUGGGGCGCGAAUGCAAGUGUUGAAAAGUACUUAAUAAAGAAGGCCGUGACUUUGUUACGAUAACAGAUCAAGGCCCGCAUGAUGCCGGGAAACUGUAGCUUCAAAGAGGGUAAAUGCAUGCGACAGACGGCAUUAAGUCUUAUUAAUUUUUAUUAUUGUAAUAAUGAUGAUAAACAAGGCAAAUACGACAGCGACAUAACAAAAACAGAAUUAAACUGAUAUCUAGAGUAUGCCCUUUUUUGUACUUGUAAUUUGUACAAAACCACAAGAGGGAGGGGGUGGAUGAAGUUAAGAAGGGGAGACACGGUCAUAAUCCCAAAUGACACAACUUUAUUCCCACGGCAGUCGCUGUCUACAUUUUCAGCAAGAUAAGUCGAAAGGAGAAGGAUCGUAUAUGAACAAAAAAGCAUAAAAUCUAUAUAUUGCUUUCUGCAGGAAAGACACCGACAUUUUGACAGCCGAUCACGAUACACUGACUGUGAGGUAAGAUUCAAAGUAAAAAAAAAAGUCUUAUCUCAGUGUUCUUUCCGCUGGGAAAAGUAUAGUUGUUUUUUACAGUAUUGUGAUUCUAAAUACACUGAAUAGUUAAGGAUCGGAACUGACGUUUUCGGCAUAUAGAAUAUUGAUAUUGAUCUACAUGGAAUUUCAUUGACAAAGACUCUAAUGUCUGAUGUAAUACAUGAGCUAUGUGUCUAUCAGAAGGCAAGAAUAACAGCUACUUUUUUUAUAUUUUGCGAGGAGGCUCUUGAAUCGAACUUCCGUUUACGUAGUACAUGUAUUCUUAAAGCUCUUGCGUCCACCGCUGAAACAAAAGCUUCUUACUAGUACUGUAUCUUCAAUACGUAUAUUUUUUUAACUAACAACUUUUGUAAAAUGAAAAUCUCGCAAGUUUUUGACUGUUUGAUGUUUGGCCAAAAAUGCAAGUUGGUAAAUUUUGGAUACGCGUGCCUGCACGUCUUGUACUGGGAAAGGUACCUCAACACUUUUGUCAAAAUGAUGAAACUUGAUAUGUUUGCGUUCAGCCGAAAUGCGAAAUUGAGUGUUGCCUUUUAAAUAGGUCAUUUGAAGAGAAGAGUGAUCUUUUUUAAUGAUCGGGAAGGUUGAACAUGGUAUCAUUUCACGUGAUUCACUCGUAUGGAACUAGGAAAACGGACUGCAUCUAUAUGUAACACGCAAAAAUCUCCGCCGCUAUACAAUCUGAGCCAGACGUAAUCUCAAACAGCGCUUUUUAAGCACUUUUAUUGUAGUUUACAUUAAUUUUCCUCUACGUGUAACACGAUUAAGAGGUAACCAGAAAUGGAAUGCAUGACCUUGACAUGAACAAAGACAAAGCUACUGUUCCUGUAAAACAUGAUUGUCUAGCAGCAAAGUACGCGGGAGCCAUUUUUUUCAGUAAUAUAUUUUAAUUCCUUGCGUCCGAAUUGCCAAGCAUUUGCGAGGGAUUAUCUUUUUAAAUUUAUUGACAAAAACCUAAUCAGAUGUAAACCGAAUAUAAAGUCUAUCCGAUUAUCUCAACGUCAGCUUCUCGUAGGUCUCUGAGCCGGCCAGUUUACUAGUUACAGAAAGAAUGGAGUUUUUUAGCUUACGUCAUUGUUGUGAGCUGAAAGAUUAUAAUAGAUUCGAAUCAGCGUUGAUGACCACUCAAAGACAAGGCUUUUAGGAUAUUAUAAGGUUCCUAUUUUGGCAAGAAGAAACGAGAGUCGCGUCCUCCGAGAGUUUUCUCAACUCAUGCUAGUAACACGCUAAGGUUGUCCAAAUUUCAAACUGUGCGUUAUCAGAACCGUUGUUUCUGAAAAUUAAAGUGUCAAGUUUUUAAUUGCAAGUACCCAUAUUUUCAGUGAUAUUGGGACAAAGAAAAAACACAAAACGAAACUCAAAACAGCUUAUCUUGCAUACAUAAACAUUAAUUAAGGCUCUUUUCUCUGUCCAUAUUGCCCCGCUUAACGUUGUAAUUCGUAAAUUCAUAAGACAUCACGGCCAUGCCUGACUUGGAGCCCAUAUUUUUGUAGCGAUGUUGUUAGUUCUUAAAUGAACCAAAAAUAGGAUAUCUCUCUCUCUCUCUCAACGUCAUGAAUUGUAGAAUGACAGCUUUAAUUUCAUUUGAAUAACUGAAUUGAAAAGUAAAGGCCACACCUAAUCACAAGAAUGCUGCGUUUUUUCGAGGAUUAUGAAAAAAAUAUAUUUAUAACAAGUAUGACUCAGUAAUCUCAUCCAGACAUUAUCUCAGCAAAAAAGCCAGACAUCGGAAGCAUCUUUCUGUUACUGAUAAGAUUUACAGAUGAUUUAGCGUAAUUUCUGUCAGUGAUUUAAGGAAUAUGAUUUUGAAAUUAAGUCCGCCGUUGAAUUAACUUCACAUCGGAAACGCUAAGAAUUUUAUAAAGACGUACAGUAAGGCUGUUCAGCUUCUCAUAAACUGUAGAAUUGUAGAAUUGCUGAAGAGCGAAACGUUUGAAGACUCCUAUAUUAAGAUAGCUCGUGUGAUCGUCUAGUUGUUUGUUUUCAAAAGCGCAAUCAUAUACGUUUAUUGCAAUGGAUAAGAUUCAUCUCUCCCCCAGGAAGUCGUUGAAAUCACUGGAAAUCAAUUUCUUCCCUCCCAUAGAGCGUCUAUUUCAGGGUACAAUCGAUGACAAAAUUUGUUGAGACACUUUGCUCUCAAUGACAUUCCUAACCUCUUAGUGAUGGCAUUAUCUUCUUGUAAAGGGAAAAACGGAAGCUUUUCCUCCGCCACCUCCGAUAAACAUUGUUGUCUGGCUUUUUCAAGUUUGUGUAAGAAGCAACAAACAAACCACCGAAGAAGCAAAAGCGUUUUUGAGUGACGCACGUCAGUUAUAUGUAUUAUAAAGAGUCAGCAUCUUUGCAGAUUUAUUGAAACGAAAGAAAGCGUUUACAUAAGAAAAUAGUAAGAAUAUUUCUCCGCCAUUUUAUGCGAUUUCAACCCUAGGAACAGUGGGAACACAGAAAAAGAAGGGUUUUUUUAACCAAAUAUAUGUACAUUCCUUAUACCCAUCCCCCCGGACCUAUCCUCGUGGUGUUUAUUGCCUGAACGUUCUCACCACUGGAAAUUCUCAUUUGACGUGAUGGGCUCCUGAAUUUGAAGAUUAGCUUAGGGUUUUGUCGGUUUAUAUACAUCCGCUAAUCUACCUGGGUGAGGAUCACAUGAGUAAUUGCGGUACCGGCCCGGAGCAAGCAGCUUCUACGUACUUGCCUUGAGACGUCAUACCGACUGGUCUAUUUUUAGAACAAUUUUGGCGCGAGUUUAGAAAACUAGUCAGCAUAAUCUUAAACCUGAAAAUGGAAUUUUUAUCUUUUAGUGACGUUUAGUUUUAGCGGGAAAAGUUUCUCUAAAAUGUAUGUAAAAAUUAAAUUGGUCCAUGAAAACACUUUGACAGAGGCCAAGCAUGAGGCAUGUUGCCCUCUGUGGGUUAUGGUCUCCCUUUGCGGUUUAAUUAGCACGAACAGUGCAUCUAAACGUGUGCGUUUAAAUAAUCAAAUUAAAGGUUUUAGAAUUACGAAAUAACGCGCGAAUGUUAACCGGUCCCUGUCUCUUUCUGAUACAUAACAUGGUUACAAGUGCAACCGGCUCGGCAUAAAUAAGCAUCUCUUAACUCUGAAGAAGGGUAAUACUUAGCCAAUUUCGCAAACGGCAGGUUAAAAAGUAAACAAAAACAAGAAGUUAAAACGAGAUCGGAUCGUUCUGUUUUGCGCCGUAGUUAUAUUCUUCUUUGUCAUUGCAUCAAUUUUAAACAUUGACCAAUAUUCAAUUUUUGCAUUUUACACGAUGAUAUGAUCACACGUAAAUUUCAGGAGAAGAAAGAGAAUGAUCUCUUAACAUAGGUUUCCUCCAUUGGAAACAAAUUGUUUUCAUAAAUAUGUAGCAUUAUGAGAAAUAUCUGAAGUAUGUCGAAACCGGUGCUGAGAAAACGCUCAUAGAGUUCCUUGUUCGCUUCCGUAACAGUAGCAACAACACUGAGUUUAGAACACACCAAAGUAUUUAAACUGAUAUUCAUUUUUGAGGUCGAACAGGCUUACCAAAAGGAUUGAUUGAACAAGUCUUCAAAAUUAUCUAAGCGUGAAUCGGCUUGACUAGUUUGCAUCGUCACCAUUCGUAAGUAGAACAGCUGAACACUGAUCAUUAACAGCAUUAACAUAUCAGACACACGGCUUGAGUAGUCCUAACUUGUCAGUGACUUGCAAUUGCGUCACGGUAUGCAUCGAUAGGCAAAAAAGGGCCGGAAACAUCUACUUAUCACUCAAAAAUGGCUUCUGUCUUAGCAAAAGUACCAAGAAAUCACUUGGGAAAAUUUCAUCAAAUAAGUGGCUCCAUUCGAAAGCCGCUUUUCUCAGAUGAGUUUUGCGUUGAACAUCGAAGGAUUCACCGACAAGGUCAGGUUGGUUAAACCACUGUUACAGUACUGUAGCCAUGUAAAAUAACAUAAAAACAAACGAUGACGCUUUUGCGAGGGUAAAGGAGUAUUUUAUGUUAGAAAGCAUAAGUUUGAAAUUUCAACCCGCGCUUUCUUUUACCUUUUACCUUGGCAUCUAUCGUAAUCAUAACGAACUGAUCGAGGCCCAGAACGAAAAAUGAUAAUCGGCUUUUGGACGAAGCCAGUCGUCAUUCUAUCAAGACCUAUUAACGUGUAUUCAUUUUGUCGUUGUCUGGCGAUGUGAUGUUUUUGUCGUGACUUAGUUUCAUAAAUGAUUCAACCUUUUAUUCACGAAGGGAGGGGUAGGUGGGGUUAAUGAGAAAGAGGUAGCUUUUAUUUGGGGAGGGGGGGAGAAAAAUUUUUUGCUCUCCGUGUUCAUAUCUGUCUGCACGUUACUAGUUCUAUUUAUGCUCCAACUCCGCUCCAUUUCUAUUUUCCACCAAAAAGGAAAUCGGCUUUUCGCGCUUUUUUUCUCUCAAGCUCGUCUGGUAGCCUUUCUGCUUUUCUUAAUCGCUUUAAUUGCCAAGUUAUCUUUUAAAAAAAUUGCUACAGUAGUUUUCACGCCCGGUUGUUUCCAUGGUUACAGACUUUUAGUGAACUGCUUGGAAUUUUUUUUUACUAUAUUUGCGACAAAAUAUUUGCCUCUGUCGUGUUGAUUCACUGAGAAGCGCUGGUCAACAACUGAAUUAGUUUCUGGGUUUAAGAAUGAACACAAAGAGAACUUUCAGAAGCGAGGCAUGUUGCAUGUUGAUCUAUGUCAAAGAUAAGGUAUAUAUCUCGAUUUGAAACAGUUUCAGCGUUGAUAAGUCUUGGGUGACAUUUACUGCAAUCGGCACUACAGUAACGGCAUAAAUUGCAAUUCAAAGAAGAAAAUAACUACAUCAUUUCUAUGAGUUUUGCUGGAUCCCCAAAUGAAUAUUGCCGUGGAAUGUUUAACUUUUUCAUUUUGCAUUUAUUGACUAAGAUAUGACUUUAAUUUAUGUACGUUGUCCAAACUUUUGAGUCUAUGGAUGAAAUGCUAAAGUGUGGCUAUUCAUUGAAAGCUGCUGAGCAUUACUUUAAACUGGCAAUUUGAGGCAGCCUUGGCAUUUCAACUCAUAAUUUAAUUACCUUAUCUUCAUACAGUCGUUAAAAAGAAAUAACUGUAAAGUUUUAUAAUCUGACAGUGGUUUUAAUAACAGUACGAGGGAUUUCAGAGCGGUUGAAUUUUUCAGAUACCAAAAAGGCUUCCAAAUUUGUCGGUCCGACAAACGCCUAAGUUCAGGUCAGUCAGAAAUUAACCAUCUGGAUUUUUUUCAUCGUAUGGUUUACCAAAACUAACUGUACUUUGUCUGUGAAUUUUGCAUCACUCAAGAGUUAUAUACGUUGAAUACUUACCGGCAGCCGUCAAAGCUUAAAGGGCGGAAGUUGCCUUUCGACAGACCCGUAAAAUCGUAGGCGGCGCACGCGAAACGCGGUUAGGCACGCGUUCAAAACCCAGAACACCUCAUUACUGUUUGGUCCUAAACGUUGGCGUCAAUGUUCAUGUCAUGGUUUACGCCCCUUGUUUCCUUUUUUUUCCACCGAAAGGUUAAUAACCAAUUGGUCUUUUUGAGAACGUCCUUGUUUUUCAGCGGAAAAUAUUUCAAGAGUGUGAAUAUUAAGGCAGUGGAACGAUAGUAAGAGCUACAACAAAAAGUGACAAUUUUAAGUCUAAGCCAGUAAGUACGUUUUAUACGGUUUUAUCAGUUGUUAAGUAGUGCAAAGCCCAAUCAGUCUGAUACGUAUUGUCGACUGAGGUAUUCAUUUGUAUGUCGUAAUAUUUGCAUAUUAAAUGCGGUUAACAGUCAUUCGAAGUGAAAUGGAAAAUCCAGAAAGCAAGUACAAAUGGCCGAAAAAUUUCCGGUCGAAAUUCCAAUACCUGACAAACAACGACAGAAAUUCAAUUGCCUAAUCAACUAUAAAUCUCGCGUCUGGUUCAUAAAGUUCCGCAAUUCAAGUCUUUGUCAACGUUUCUAUGGUUUAUAAUUUGAUUGGGCGCGCGUAGAUUAGCGAAUUUGCACACUCAAGCUCUUGUUUGAGUAAUCUAACAAUAGUUUUAAGCAUGCUCGUGACAUAAAUUGAAAGCUUUACAGAAAACGUCGUCAAAAUAGGACAUACUUCAGAAAGUAUUCUAAAGACUAUGAAUCUAGCCGUAGAUACAGAAGUCGACAAUUUGUUACUCUUUAUAUCGUAGUUUCCCAUCCGAAAGUUGCAAAUUGAACUAAAAUGGUGUAACUAUAGUGGGAUUUAGAUACAGAAGAAGAUAAGGAACAGACCAAUUCUUACUUUAUGACUUCAUUUCUUAGUUGUAUUUUCCUGCAACUUGGUUAUCAGAAUAUAACUGUUUGCCGACGACCGCUAGAUAUUUCUCUUAGGCCCAUGGUUAUGUUAUUGGCGGGUACUCUUUUUCGAGUCGAAGAAUUUUCGGCUUAGCAUCUCUCUGCUACGACGCCAAACUCCGCCAACUAAUCUUUAUGGCGUUUAUCUCUCGCAUAGUAGAGAUAAAGUUUACUUUAAGCCGACAAUGAAAUAUCAUGUUGUGUGGGCGAUAGGAUAGAACUAGGCUUUUCUAACCCGUCUAAGAAAACUUUCCCGAAUGGCGGACACUCCAUUUACUUACAAAAAGAACACGUGAUAGCCCAGUCUUAGGCUUUUGUUUGCUAUUUUAGUAUUGUCUGAUCCUCGAAAGAAAAGGCUUUAAAAUACUCUAUUUCCUUCUUCAUUUAAACUUUCAGAGACGAUUACCCCUCGCGUCAACACUUGAGAAAAUUUUUUUUGAAAUCAAAAAUCAACCAUAUCAUUGGUCAGUUUCUGCGUAACACGUUGUCAUUAUUAGCCUGACUUCUUCCUAAGUCUUCCGGCGCCUUCAGUUCACAAUGGAAGCAACUCUUUCAAUUCUUAAGUAUUCCUUUAAAGCACCAAUAUAAACAUGCAUAUUUGCCGCACUUGUAUCCUUGUAUUUGUUAUAGUACCGAUUAGCAGAACCUGUUACAACAUCAGAUCAGUUGUCUUUGUAGAAGAUCCAUUCUCUUUGUUCUUGUGAUGAAAGGUGUUGCGGAAAGAACUGAACAAGGUUUGACCACGAACACUUGAGAGCUUUAAUCCUUCAUUGCUAGAGUUUCUAUAAAUAAAUUAAAACUGAUGAAAUUCCAAAUUCCAUUUUGUACUUGGUACUGAAAAAAUAGAUGGUACCAUUUGAAAAUACUGCCUUUGAGGUUCAUUUGAAGGGUAACUCCAUGAAAUUUCGUUAGCUGGCUUUCAAGUUAGAACUGAACUCAUUUUAUGGACUCUGGGUUUUUAGAAAGUCAGAAAUGUGCGAAUUUCAAUUUCUCUCAGUGACACAUGAUAGCGUAGAUGCGUUUUGGUGCGUGACAAACAAAUAAGAUUGUUUUCUAAUUUAAUGUUGGUUCCGUGUUUUAAAUUUUAAAAAGGAGCAGAAGCUGAUCGCAUCAUAAUUUCAUCAAACUCUUUUACCCAUUAAAUUAAUUACAACGAAACACGAGUAGAUUUAGAUCUUCUUGUGGUCACAAAUAAACAUAGACAUUCUUUACAUUGGUGUAAUGUUCCUUAGGAUGAAAAAUCGGACCACGAUGUUCUUCUGGACUUCGCAUUUUUGAUGCUCUUUUUUACUAUUUUUCAAAAUUUUAUACAACGAAAUAUGGGAAUUUUGUCUGGUUUGACAUUUGAUUAGGCAGGGAAAGCCUUAGUGCCUUAUCUCUUUAGCAAGGCACCAAUUUCUACGCUCCUGUAAACAAUUACAGAAGUCGUUAAGAUAAGGAAAGUAGGAAUGCGCUCAGCGAUAAAAGAUCGCGAACAUUUGCCUUUGCAGCGCUCGUCUAUCGUGCAUUAUUGCUCAAGUCAGUCGGAAUCUAGCUGCUAGGAUUGGACAGUCGCGACUAGUGACCGAUUAAGAAAAAAAAGCGGAUUUUAACCCAUAAACGCCAGGUCGCCUACUUGCAAAAGCUGAACGUCAGUGAAUAUUGAUCUAAACAAACAGUGUCAAUUACUCGUAAUGGUCGGUGAUAUUUUUGUUUAAAAACGAUUACUGAACUUGUCUCUCUAUAGUGUGGCUGUAACACAAUAUCCGCUACAGGGAUUUAGUUGGCGCUUGGAUCCGCUUUGUAAGCCACUGUUCUAGACUGGCUCUAUCAGUUGGAUUGUAACAGGCAAAGAGUGUUGUGUAGCGACGUAAAGAACUUCAGUGCCAAGGAGCCAACUUCAGCAAUGGAGGACAAGACAAGAGCUAUGGUAGCAAUUCUUCAGAUUCUCUGCUUACUCGUUCGCCUCCAGGUAAGUGUGCUUCAUUAGCGGUCAGUUACCUCUACAGUGAAAUUUUGAUGUUGUUUCCGGCCAAAUGAAGUUUACACAGAAAACUUCUUUUUCAGUAUUAUUAAUAAGCAAGUGACAGAUCGCUAUUGAACGUUGAAAAUGUGUUUUAUCUUCGCUGACACGGGACGACACAUCCCUUUGUUUCAUUUUCAUUUUCACGCUGUGCGCAAAGGUGGCAUUUUUGACACGCUGUGUUGUGUAUGAAAACGCGAGAGUUUAUGUUAUUCCUGCGUUGCUUUUACGCAAAAUAAACAAGCUAUUAAUUAACUAGAUGGAGUUCAAACGCCAGCCCGCUCCACAGCUUCGUUUAAUAGCAAAUGACAUAAUGAAAGCUCAAUUUGUAUGGCACAUUUAACCUUGCGUUAGAGAGUGAACUACUCGUGUUUACAGGAGUGAGUUCGCGUGUUUUCACCAGCGCUGUUGUGAUCAGGAUGGGGGCUUUUUAGACACCGCAUGAACCAAGAAAACGCUUAAUGGUGCUUUAAAGCCUACGAGACGGGUGAAAGAAUUUUUUAAUGACUCGAGAAUUUUCAGUGGAGGGAUUUCUAAAGUGUUUCGACGUAACUUGGCGUAACUCAGUUGGACAAGGUCACGAGGCCAGUUACCUAUAGGGCGGUCUUUUAUAUUAUUGUACAUUCACUCACGCUUCAGUAAAGAACAAAAUUAAUUUUCCGCUUUUCAGCCAAAAACGUUAAGAACACUUUGCCCAAUAUCUGAACAACAUCCUUUGCAAAGAAUGACACUUGUUAGCUCUUGAGGCAAUAACACUCGAUCACCGAAAAACAAGAUACGGUCAUGGGCUUAUGUGAGAGAAAUCUAUUGGCCGAAUUAUGUGACAUAGUCUUACUGAUCUUAUUACGAAGGAAUCACGGGGGUGCACGAUUCGCCAGUUUUCUUUCAAACCUUUUAACACUUUAAAAAGAAUCAGCUAGUCUAGCAAUCUCUCCCACGACAUACAAACUCUCAGGGGUUAUGUUUAUGUUUUCCCUUAGUAAAAGGACUUAGCCUAGCACUUGAGUCUCUUUUCAUAAGUUGUCAUACUUGAUCAUUCAAAAACGAACAAAACGUGCUUUUGUGCAGGUUAGUUUUUCGCUCUCGUGUUGGCGGUGAAGAUCAAGAAUUGUUCGUUAACUAAUGGGAAAAUUAUUAGCCGGUCUGAGCUGAUGUUAAGGGUUUGUAAAUCCACUAUGAUAAAAAGCAGUGGGUCGGUAAGGUAUCUUCGGAAUUUUUCCCGCUAUUAAUAAAUUGUUUAUUUGCCCACAUAACACCACAAGAUAGAUAGCCCUAUGUUUGCAAAAUUGUUCCGCUAUUUCCUACACUUGGGGAACUUCCGUGGUUCAGUGACCCAUUUUUACUUCGACAGACUGAUAAGUCGUGCAAUAACAUCCGUAUCUCCGUUUCAUGUCGGUUUUAUUUCUUGCAUUGUGCAUACAUACACGAACGUGCAAACGCGCAGAUAUCCCCCAAGUCGGACGCCACAGUCAGUACGCUGAUCAAGCUCACUUUUCGUUUUUUCUGAAGAGCUAAUCGGCCCUGCAAAUAUUGAAAGAGAAAACGUCUGAAUACCGACUUUGGUCUGCUCACAUCUGCAGAAAGCGCCCACGUUUUGACCUGGGAUACGCCGAAGACGAUCAUAUCAGUUGACAUGACAGCAUAUCGUGUAAAGACAGAAUUAGCGUGUAUUAAAAUUACUAUAUUGAAAAGUGUUGAAUUUAAGUCGCUGGCUUUUGUGUCCUUUCUCUUCUGAAGUAUAAGCCUUUUUGCCUCUUCCAGUGCAACGAAGUUGAUUAAUCAAAUGAAUUUUGGGGCGGAUUAAUGCACAAGAGAAAAGAACCACUCGAAAAGUUUUAUUCAGAAGUUUGUCCUCUCAAAGGAUUUCUUCCGCAGACUCAAAAGAUAGGAUUCCCGGUCCCAUCGCAUGACGUAGGCUUGCAACUACGAAAGGAAUUUAGUAUACAUGAUUAAAUUGCAAAGAAAAAAAUUCUAGAGUCAAUUUAACCCGUGCCCCGCUUUUGCCGAUCUUCUUAAUUGCAUUAUAAAUAUUUACUCGACUUUGUUUAUUCAUGGUAUAAUUUAAUGUUUUUCCUUCUAUUUUUACACUGUAAUGUUACGAUACGUGUCUCCAUUCAGUCUUUUCUCUCAUGGCGUGUGUGGCAUGACGAUGAGGAGUUUCUUUUAAAUCGUAUGCAUAUGUCUUUCGUCGCGGGAGAAAAUGAAGUUUCCGUCUUUUUUGAUCUUCCUUCGACCUCAUUUUCGAGCUGAAAAAUAGUUUCUUUCUCUUUGCUCAAGUUCCGGUUGUGCUAUUGAUAAAAAAACGUGUGUGUGCAUGUUGUACUUUUAUGACGCAAUGUCUUCCAUUAACCUCAUUUGCGGCGAGACUCUUUGUUGCCUUUUUGUUAUUAGCAAAAAUAGCAGUUUUUCUCUUAUGUAGGAGUGUACAGUGAUCAUCGUAGUAAAUACACAAUGUCCAUGUUUGGAAAACAAGAGCCAUAAUGGGCUCUUAUUGGAAAAUCAAUGCGGUUAGUCUUUCUUUAGUUUUGUCUGCGGUUGAUCUACGCUAUUGGCAAAAAAUGAAGUAGCUCUCAAGUCUUCUAACGGGUGUACUAAUUAUAGAUGUUUUCUUUGUGUAAUCGGUUAAGGCAUAUAGUCAGUUUUCAAAAAAGAGCCGGCAUUAAAAAAAAACUCAGUAAAAAAUGAGCAUUUUUUUCUGUAUUAUUGGACCAGUCUCCUCGUACUUUUUGAAGGCCAUAAUUCCGUCUUUUUCACUGUUAGUUUAGCCAGACCAUUGUAGCUAUGGAUAUGGCAAUACGACGAAGAUUUCCGUUACAAGAUAUCAAAAUGAUCUUAAUUAAAGUAAAUUUAUUUGGCACGCUUAGAAAAAAAAUCGCCCGAGUGGACUGAAUUUUACCAAAGUAUAAAAUACAGAAUCUUAUAACCACGACUUUUAUAAAGAAAAUAUAAGAAAUUAACUGGACUACGCUAUAUACGUCUCGCUCGGAAGAAUUUUUCCUUGAGAUUAAAAUUAGAGAAUGCCGGUUCAGUUCCAAGGUUUUAAAACACAAUUAAUGCUUUAAUUAAAAUAUUGGGUUUAAUUAUUUCGUCCGUCUAGUCUAUGAUGUAUUAACCUGCAGUUUGAAUACCAACAAGUUGAAAAGUCGAUAAAUUUAGUUCUUCAAACUGAGUCAAUACCACAAUUAUUGCCAAAAAAAACCCCACAAAUUCACUGGUCAAUACUUGAAAACCAGGGAGCUAAACCGUUUAACACGGCACAAAAGUUGGCCAAGUCAAAGUAAAAAAACUGAAAAAAUGCAAUAAUCAUAGAUAAAUUUCGAUAAUUUUUUUAAAACAAAUAGAAACGUAUAAAUAUUUUGCUGAAGAGGUUUCAUUUAAGUGGUAACACCAAAUGAAGCUUAGAAUCACCUUGUAACUACUCAGUAACUUUCAUUUAAAUGGUCACAACAUACAAAAAGCGUUUUGUCUGUAAACUUAAUCAAACGUUACUAUUACACAACUUGCCCCCAUAUUCUAAAAUCCCUUGCAAGCGAAUCUUCAGAAAACAUGAAUUGAUGGUUUUUUUUCAACAAUAUAAAAUAAUUCAAUUAUUUCUUUCACAAGUAGGUAAAAGAAUUAGACUUUUAAUUCCUUUUACACGAGCUGUUAAUUGUAAACCUUUUAUGUCUAGAAUGGUUACAAUUAGAAGAAAAGGCUCCUUAAUUUGACUCUAGUCUUGCUGACGAUAUCUUAAGUUUUAAGUCAGUUUCGGCCAGAUGAGGGCUAUGAGUGAUAAAGGCAAUCAAGAACGUGAAAUCAUCCCUUGAGAUAAUGAAGUUAAACCUAAAGUAACCGUCCAAUGGGUUGGAACAGGCUGUACUUUGCUUGAAACUUUUUGAGGUAAACAAUUACGCGGUUAAAAUCAUUCAAAGGAAUUCAUGAUCACUUCGAGAAUCUUCGACGCUCUGGUCACGAAUACUAUAGAAUUACCUCUUUUGAUCGCCGCUAAACUUUCUAAUCCUCAUACGAUUUCGACUUUGUUUUCUUAGCCGAGGCACACUUGUCCCCCCGGAAAUUUAGGCAAAUCCACUCCGGAAAAUCCAGUCCCUUUUUUGAGCCUGAGGCAUGGAUAUUUUCUUUAACCGACGCAUUGUAUGUUAGUAAUUGCCCAGAGCACAUACUAGAAACCAAACCAUUUUUCAUGUAGACACAUGCUUCAUUUGUUAGGCUGAAUUGGUUCUUGUCUAUGACGUACUUUAUUGGCCAAAAAUCACCGAGCUAUAUAAUCCGCUCCGUUUCUUUUAUGCGGGUGUUUACUUAAUUUCAAUGUUGAUAGUUGAAUAUAUCAAAUGAAUGAGAUCUACGCGAGCUGAGAGUCCCAACGCGAUUUACGCAAUCAACUUAACCAAGCUUUUAUUCUUGUACAUGUCCAGCCGUAAAAAGAGUACACAUACUGCCUUAUACUGAAAUAGUCAUGUAUCUUUUAUCAGUCUCCUACCCUUCUACCAAACCCACUCUUUAGAAGGCCACUGAGCCCCUGGUCAAGUUUUGUUUUGUUUUGCUUUUUUCUUUUACAUGUUCCGAAAGGAUCACGUCAAAUACUUACUGAGUUCAAUCUUCCUAAUCAUAAUCACACUAUUCUUUGUCUCUACAACGGUCAGGUUUCUUCUCCUACUCGCCUACAGUGUCGCCUAAUUCAAUCGCUCGGCGUUCUGACGCCGCCUCAGCUUAAACAAAAUGAAAACCGAGAUAUAUUUCUAUUUCUAGUGAGAAUUGUAUCUGAAGGGACGAUCUCUGACGAUUACUGUCUGCCAUUUGUCUGUUUCUAAUUCUGUUCAACAGUUAACUCUUGAACUCUUGCUUGAAGUCAAUACAUAGUACAUUUUAUAGAAUUCUCUCAACCAGUUCUUUAAGGAAAAGUACGGAGACCAGUUCGGAGAAUUUGUAUGUGGAUAUAUCACCCUUUUUAGAUGUUUCGAUUGUAAAAAGCGAGCUUUCUCUUAUUUCGUCAAGGCUAUUUUUAAGCCCCUGAAACUAAGUCAAGUGAAGGUAAAAUUAUAGAGUGAAAACUGAGCAAUCAAAAGUUUAACAAGUCAAGUUUUUGAAACCUCUUUGGAUACUAAUAAACCAUCUCUACUGGUAACAAUUAUCUCCGUAUAUUCUCUAAAAAAAAUCAUUUCCAUUUUUAUUAGCUGAGGUUAUGUGAGAAGUACGUCACAAUUUCACAAAAAGGGUGAGCUAUCGUUUGUUUGUUUUUUAGAACUAGUCACCCAUUUCAUCCAUUUAAAAACUCAUCUACUCGCAUUCCUAAAAUUGACAUUCAACACAUACAUGAUGUUUUGAAAGCCCCACAACUAGUAUUUCCCUUCAGCAUAAGCCAACAAAAAAAGUAGACGCACGACAGGGACAAGAUUUAAAUACAUAAUGUAUUUAGCAUGUUUGCAUAUACGAAACGUCUGUCGAGAAUUGUCUAUUGGUUGGAGAAAUUUGAGCUGUUCAUUAGGAACAAAGUAGGUAACUGUAUUUGUCUGUUUUGAUAGUCUCCACCUGUUUUAGGUAAAGCUUAAGACGGGACACAGUUUAAAUUAUUUUAUGUGAUGUGUUCUUGGUUACAUCGUUGUUGACGAAGGUCGUCUCGGAUGGAAGAAUUGUGGUUUUUACAGAGGCGCCAAUCACGGCAUGUUUUAGCAUCCGACUAUCUACAAUGACGACGUACUUCUGUUGUUUUCUAUAUCAAAUGAGGACCCCUAUAGGAGACAGAGUGAUGGCUAAUACUCUUCAAUCGUGUGUGGAACCUAUAAUUAAAUAAUCCAGCAGCACAAAUGUUUAGGGAAAACUUUUUCCCCCAAAUUUGCAAUCGUCAAUACCAGCCAACGCCCUUGUAAAGUGAUAGAGACGUUCAUAAUAUUGUCCCCAAGAAUAAACGUCGUUAUAAGAAUUGGGAACAACAUCCUACCAAAGAGACACUUCGAUUUAUGCAGUUAAUUUCAAAGGAGACUCGAAUGUGUCGAUCAAAAUCAUCGUCUGAAAAUGAUUAAAGAUUUCGCCAGUUUUCUCAGAUUUCCCUCACAUUAAGGAUUUUGCCAAGCGAUUUAUUGUGAAGGCAAAAUAAAAAGAUGUUUUCAACUUCUAGACAGUUCACUUGUUAUGAAAAGAUGAUUUAGUUUAUCUAGUCUCCUUCUUAGUUGAAAUAGUGUCGGCUCAAAAUGUUUACUAUUGCUACGAUAACAGUAGUCUGUGUUUCGCUGUGGAGAUAACUUCAUGAAUGUUUCGGGAAACACUGCCGGCCAAACAUACAUUCACAGAAAUCAAUUUCUUUUCUUUUUAAUGGCGAGAAAUUAACGCCCCAAUGAAGGUCUAAAAAUUCCUGUUAACACUUUACUUAGCAAGGGAAAAGAUUGUUAUUUUGAGGAUGAAAUCAAGUUUGAUCUGAUUAACUUUCGUAGGUAUGAAAUAAAACUAUGAUCUGCCGGCUUCACUUGUGUUUUACAGACCUCGAAAAACAGAGCACACUGCCGCGUGUGUGAAAUCAGUGGGGAAUUUGUAACGGAAAAGUAAGCCCGCCAACUGAAAAACAGUUAUAUACUGAUUAAAGUUUUUUUUACAAAUUCAAAGUCUGCAACGGUCGGCAGUUCUGCUUACUAGUAACUGCUAUCGACUAAAUACAGUAUUCAAGAAAUAAUUGUAACCAUAUGCAAUUUAUGAUUUAUUUUGAUAGAGAAAAACAUAUACACACUGGAUUAAAGGGUGAUUCGGUUUGUGAUAAUAGAUUAGGAUCAACUGGAUUGCAAUUCUGCUUGUCUUAGCAAAGAUUAACCUGCAACGAAGACUUUCUUUGCAUGCGACCUCCCUUAUUCUUGACCUAUUCUUGCAUUUUAGAUAUAUUGUGUUCGUUUAUUUUGCGUUAUUUAUAGCGGUUUUUGUUUAUUUUUUCCGGCCUUUCAUGUUUGAUUCUGAUAUGAUGUAUACUUAAAUUUCUUCCGAAUGGAAUUACCUUAUCGCAUAUCUCAAUGUUGUCUAUUGCUCUUAAACGAGAACGAAAAUAUCUUUAGUUAGAUAAAAACACGUUCCUAGAAUUGUUAAUAUGUCAUAAAACUCACAAAGAAUAUACCCAGAUUUAUUUUAUGAAAAUAGUGUACCAAAAAAUGCAUGAAAUAAUGCCAAAAAAAUAGAGCUACACUCUCAGAGCGGACGAAAUUGAAUUUCACCACGGGCUCGAAGUUGUACAGCUCAUAAUAAACGGUAUCACAGGAAAGUACUGCUGUAGCUUUCAUUUGAAUGGUAACUUUAUAGGAUUUCAUCUUAAGACUCGAAAUUUGGAAUUUUACCAUCACCUCAAUGAGUCAACACAUUGCAGUAUCGUAACUUAAUCUUAUCUUUUCCUGAAUACUGACUUUGAUGAUGUGUUUCGUAUCAAAUUGAUAUUAAUAUAAAAAAUGUAAAUUAAUAUGAUUAAAACACGGAUGGAGUUUAAUGCAAUAAGCGGGUCACACUUGGAACCCUAAACGGUAUCACAGGGAAGUACUGCUGAGUGGCUUUCAUUUAAAUGGUCAAACCAGAGGAUUUCAUGCACAGACUCAACAGUUAAAACCACCUUGUACAGCAUAACAAACAGUACCAAAGUAAAGUACUGCUCAGUAGCUUUCAUUUGAAUGGUCACACCAUAGGAUUUCAUCCAGCUAAACAGUACAAAAGUAAAGUGUUCGAUUCUGGAUUCGUCAAGAAUUUUAUACACGAACAAGGAGGUCAUCCCAUUACCAAGCCAGCCUCCCAGUACCCAGAUAGUGUUAUUUUGCUGCGUGUAAAGCAGGUAUAAGGGUGCAGAAAAAUAAACAUUGUUCGUCAUUAACGUGAUUUCAUUAGAAUUUUUGUAGAACCAACGAAUGAAUUCUUGACUCGAUCACCAGCAAAUUCGUGACCUGUUGAUUACGCUCUUCUUAAAGGUCAACUGGAACUACACUUCCAACCUUCAAUCCAAUUUUUUCAUCACCCCCAAAAUACUUCCGUUUGCAAGAGAACCACUCUUCUCUUGCCCUCCCGCAAUUCGACUGGGGUGAGUUAAUAAGCACUUUGGUUUCAAGUCACGAAGGUCUUGUUCUUUCUUUUUAAUAUCAUUUUUCUCCCCUACCUCUGCUGAAUCCAACCAAAGUUUCUUGUUUAAGUCGGUUUUGCUGAUAUUUCAGAGUAAAAACUUCGGUCUUUUACGAUUAUAUUCAGCAUAUCACUUCGCCCUUGUUUUUCUGUAAAAAACACAGCAUCUUUAAUCAUUUAAGUACCUCUUCUAACAAACACUCAAAUACGUAAAACAAAUUAUCUUCCUAAAUCUUUCUUUUUUUGUGCAGAUUACGUGUCUGAACUCUCAUUUCACUAAAAACCUUUUUUUUAUCGCCCCUCUGAUGAAGGGUCCUUAAAAAGAUCAAGUGAUUUAUCUUGUUUUUAGAUACCGCGGUUUCCCUUUCAACUUUCGAUGUUCCACCUUAG